CUCUCCAAAAUUCGAAAUUCAAGUCUAGUGCCCUCAGCAUAACUUCCAUAACUACCAGUUAAAUUCGACGUUACAGCUGCAAGUUUCCUCACUCGUAUGCCACAGAACUCGCGCACUAGGCUUCAGUGCGCAAUCAUGAGAUUUCACGCUAGUGGUGCCAGUAUCCACCAAUCGGCUGCUGCCACUAACAACCGUGCUGGUAACCACCUCAACGGAGCGACGCCGGCCCGUCCGAGUGGCGCGCAAUUCCGCGUGGCGAGCAGCAGAGACGUGAAAAUCAAUCGCCCUCAGCCUCAAGGCGCGGCUCACCGCCGCAGGCCAAGGGCGGCAGCGGCAGCGGCGGUAAUGAUGAUGGCGUGGCUCAGGGUGGGGCUUCGUUCCACCACUGGCAGCCACAACAGGGCGCGCCAGGAGGUGGGGGUUCCGGACCUGGCCUGGGACGACAGCGUGGCAGCAGCAGCGGCGGAGUGGGCCAACAACCUCGCCUCCAGGGGGUGCCGUCUGGAGCAUGGAGGGGCGGAGGGGCUCGGGCAGAAUCUGUACUGGAGCGCACCCGCAGGGCUCACCCCUGAGGAAGAUCGCAUGGCGGUGCAGUCGUGGGUGGAGGAGGUGGACUGGACGUACAGCCCGGUGCCUGAGGGGUGUGCGGAGGGGAGGAUGUGUGGGCACUACGCGCAGGUGGUGUGGCGGGACACCACGCAUGUGGGCUGUGCGUCGGCGCAGUGCCCUGAUGGGGGUGGCAUGUGGGUGUGUGACUACUCGCCCCCGGGGAACUUCAUUGGUGCUCCUCCGUUCUAGGGAGGCUGGUAGGGUACCUGGAAAGAGGUGGUGGUGUGGAGGGAUGGGUUUGAGGUUGUGUGCUUAUGGGGGUGCUGUGGUUUGCUUGUGCACACUGUUGGAUUGGAUGCAGUUUUA